AAUUGACUCUAUCUAUCAUUGCCGGCUGGGAAACUGUUGUGGGAUCUGUCAAUCAAGGGCCACAAUGGGGGGAUUUGCAAGCAAACAACAGAUGGAAUCUGCUCCUUGCAGCCUCCUCACAGUAAAGAUCAUAAAAAUGAAAAAUCUCCGGAAGGCAGACCUGUUAACCCAGUCUGAUUGCUAUGUGACUUUAUGGCUGCCAACUGCCUCACUGAAAAGGACCAAAACCCAGACUAUGAAUGACACCAAAGACCCCGUAUGGAAUGAAACGUUUUACUAUAGGAUCCAGAAUCAAGUAAAGAACAUUCUGGAACUUAAAGUCUGCGAUGAAGAUAAAUACACCCAAGAUGACCAUCUCCUCACUGUUUUCUUUGAUGUAUCUAAAAUCCAACUUGGAGAAACAGUUCGACUGAGCUUUCAGCUGAACCCAAAGGGUAACGAGGAAUUAGAAGUUGAAUUUACAUCAGAGAGCAGUCCAGACGUUCCAGAAAAGAUUUUUACUAAUGGAGUCUUAGUGUCCCGUGAAGUUGCCUGUUUGGAUGUGCAAGUGAAUGGAGGGAAAAUGAAAAAGGAUUCAACGGAAAGAAAAUUCACUCUAUCAGUGGGUGGAUCCUAUGAAGAAGCUCAGAACCUCAUAUUGCGUAGAUGGCUUUGCCCUGCUGCUCCAGCUAAAUUUCAUUAUAUCAAAUAUAACCAGUCGGAUCUAGACAUUGAACUGCCGAGGAGACAGCUCUGUGCGGCUUCCAGACAAAUGAACGAAUCAGCAACUGUUCCCCUGAACUCACUUCCUAUACAAGAGAAAGUGACAAUAGCACGGACUAAAACAUUUGAUUUGAAUGUGAAAUCAAAAGAUUGGACUCAGGGUUUCCUGUUUAAAAGCCCAAAAGAAAUUGAUGUGCGUCUAGGAUAUGAUCUGUGCCCAGAUGAAAAGAAGUUCCUGCAGAAGCGGAAGAAAGUGGUUGCUGCUACUCUGAAAGAUGUUCUUCAUUUAGAGCAAGACUUGAAUGACCACGAAGUGCCUGUGGUUGCCGUGACAACUACAGGAAGUGGGAUGAGAGCAUUAUCAGCUAUGUAUGGCACCCUUUGGGGUCUCCAGAGACUGAAGCUUUUGGACUGUGUUACAUAUCUAACUGGUUCAUCGGGUACAACCUGGACCAUGACAGAAUUGUAUGAAGAUCGUGGCUGGUCAUAUAAAGAUCUUGGGGAGAUAAUCAAGAAUGCUCGGAAGCAAGCAGCCAAAUCUAAAAUGGCUGCCUUCUCCGUGGAAAGUCUGAAGUCUUACCACAGGGAACUGUGUCAGAGGACCAUAGCAGGAUAUAAGACAUCCUUUAUAGAUCUUUGGGGACUCAUGAUUGAAGCCAUGCUGAAUGAUGGGAAUAACAACCAUAAACUCUCAGAUCAGCGACAGGCAGUGAACAGAGGUCAGAACCCUCUGCCGAUCUACCUGGCUCUCAAUGUUAAGGACAAUGUCACUACCCGAGAUUUUAGAGAAUGGGUGGAAUUCACACCAUAUGAGGUGGGAUUCCUAAAAUAUGGAGCCUUUGUCCGUGCCGAAAAUUUUGGAAGUGAGUUUUUCAUGGGGCACCUGAUGAAGAAGCUCCCAGAAUCAAGGAUCUGCUUUAUGCAAGGGAUGUGGAGUAGUGUAUUUUCCAAGAAUCUGUUGGAUGCCUGGCAUGCAGCUGACAAUUCGGAGGAUUUCUGGAAUAGAUGGACCCAAGAUAAUAUUACUGAAAUUGAGGAAGUGCCUGAUUUACCAGAGAGACCCUGUGAGAUCCCAACUCGCAUGUUCACGCCUGCAGGAGGCCUUUCCAAUGCUUUACGUGACAUUUUAACAGAUCGUCCAGCGGUGUCAAAAUACCACAAUUUCUUAAGAGGGAUGCAAAUGCAUAAUGAAUACACGCAGAAGAAACAGUUUUCUAAAUGGAAAGACACUGUUUUUGACGAGUCCCCAAAUCACCUGAGAGAUCCUGAAGAACACUUGGAACUUGUAGAUUCAGCAUUCUUCUUUGAUACCAGUUCCCCUCCGCUUCUAAGACCAGAAAGGAAAGUGGAUGUCAUUUUGCACUUCAAUUAUACUGGAGGAUCACAAACUAAGCCUCUGGAGCGGGCCUCCACAUACUUCUCAGAGCAAGGAAUCCCAUUUCCAAAGACUCUGCUCAGCGACGAAGAAAAGAAGAACCUAAAGGAGUGCUAUGUGUUUGAAGAUGCCCGCAACCCAGAAGCUCCCAUAGUGAUUUAUUUUCCACUAGUGAAUGACACCUUCCAAAGAUACUUUUCUCCUGGUGUGGAACGUAGUUCCGAUGAAAUGGCACUGGGCAGUGUCGAUGUCUCCAGUGCUUUUUCUCCGUAUUCCACAAGACAGGUCUCGCUGCAGGAGGAGGAUUUCAACAAGCUGCUGAACUUAACUAACUACAACAUCCAGAAUAAUGCAAGCAAAAUCUUUCAGGUUUUGCACAAGACGGUAGAACGGAAAAAACAUGCACAGGCAUCUUCAUGAAUAUGCCUUCUUUGUUCCCUAGAAAGAAAACGUAUAGCUUAGGAAGAAGUCUAAGAAUUGGCCGAAAGGAUAGCUAGUAUAAAAGAACUGGAGUUACCUGGAGUUUUGCUCCCAGAAGUUACUCCAGUCCUGAUCAGCCAUAUUCACUCUAGCUGCAGCAGUUCUAGUCUACAGCUGGCAGUGGGGAAGGUUCAACUGUGCUCUGGAUCCCAUAAAAGUUUUGGAGCAUGGCACAUUCCUGACUCCAAUGUCCCCCAUGUAUUCAGAUUCCUGAUUAUCCAAGCAUUUGCCUGUAUAGUUGUAUUACACAUGAUUCUUUAUUCCAAAUGAUCUCACCUAAAUAGAUAAUAGUGUUCAAUGAAAGCAACAGCAUCCUAGCCAAGGUACUGUUCUCAAGUUAUUUUCUCUGAAACCAUUUUAAAAGUGGUAUUGAUCUUUCACUUUGAUGUU